ACGCGCCCCAAGAGCAGAUUCAUUUUACGGUGUUUUGUUCGGUGAAUGAGAUGCCGGUCACUCUACACACUUUGGCUCCAUCACCAAAUCCCCUUUUGACUUGACGCUUGUUUCGCGUGGCGUCAUCGAUCGACGCCACUUUCGAGCUUCGUUUCGUGCGCGCGACCCAUCGCACGAUGCGCCAACGAUGCCGCAAUUGAAAGCAGCAACGGUAUCCAACCAAGUCAUACGAAAGCGAAAACGAAAGGUCCACGAAAAUGAAUCGCCGCAGCCGGACGGAGAUGUAAUUGAAGCUACCACGACGACCACGGUUCCCACAAAGACGCACGAUGGCGGGAAGAAGCCCCGAAGAACACUAAAAAACAAGGAUGGGACGGAGAAGCCAUCAUUGAAACGUGCGGGCUCGUCGACGAUUGUAGAGACAACGAUACCAUGGCCAGAACAUUUUACAAGGCUAGCGCAGGUGUUUCGCGCGCUGAACCUCGUCUACACCUUCUGCUGUACGCGGAAGCACCUCGCAACAACGCUGGACAACCUGAAGAGCACAGUGGAGGCCAAUAUUGAGCGCGAACUGGUGGUCGAGGAUGUGGCGCAGAUGGCAGCUUUGAUUCCCAAGGCCAUCAACUUCGCCUACGUCGACGAAGCCAUGCUGCAGGUCAAUUUGGUGGGUGCGGAGGAGAAUGCAAAGGGCAGAAACACCAGAGACUUCUUCGUACCGGAUCCCGAGCUGGACAAGCACGACCACAAGGAGGUGCUGCUGUUCGAGUUCGUUGAUGGCGAAUUGAAAAGGCAGGUGCAGCAUGCGAAGACCGGCGAACCUACCAAGGCAUUUCAGCGGCUGAGGAACGAAGAUCUUAAGAUGCCAGUCUUCAGUCAGAAGCAGAUGUUGAAGCACAUCGAAAAACGGAACAUCAAAUUCACGUCGGCAGUCAAUGCUUUUCUCAACCAGUGCGGCGACGAGGGACGUGAUCCGGCAACCCACCUGCAACAAAUCUCUCUUGCUUAUAUCCCAGAGCCUUCAGAGAGCAGGUCAGGCACACCAGGCCUGGAGAGGUCUCUGCUGCCUCCCACCAUACCAUCGGAACGUAAACCCAUCCCCGAGAUAAUUGAAGAGAUCAAAACCUUAAACUGGUACACCGGGCAAAUCGUCCCGGACGGACACCGCGUGUUCGAUCCUCAGCCGCCGAUAUUUGGGGAACUGAAUUUCCAGAUGUCACAGAGCCUUGUCAAUGCACUAUACAACACGCGCAACAUCGAACAGUUGUAUGCGCACCAGGCUGAAGCGAUUAACAACCUCUACGAAGGGCACAACGUGAUCGUUUCAACCUCUACCAGCUCUGGGAAAUCGCUGAUAUACCAAAUUCCAGUCUUGCACCAGCUAGAGCAAGACAUCAAUACUCGAGCAAUGUAUAUCUUCCCUACGAAAGCGUUGGCGCAAGACCAAAGACGUAGCUUGAAAGAGAUGUUGCACUUCAUGGAUGGCUUGCAAGACCUUGUUGUGGAGACCUUCGACGGGGACACACCGAUGCCAGACCGUAACUAUAUCCGCGAUGAGGCUCGCAUUAUCUUCACGAAUCCUGAUAUGCUCCACAUAACCAUUCUGCCACAGGAAGAGGCAUGGCGAUCGUUUUUGCAAAAUCUGAAGUUCGUUGUGGUAGAUGAGCUGCAUGUUUACAACGGCCUAUUUGGUGCACAUGUUGCAAUGAUCAUGAGGCGUCUGCGAAGAAUAUGCGCUGCCCUGGGCAACCGCCACGUCAAGUUCAUUUCAUGUUCAGCGACUGUAGCAAAUCCGGAAGCCCAUAUGAAAACCAUCUUUGGCGUCGAGGAGGUGAAAUUGACGGAUUUCGACGGAUCACCUUCGGGGAGAAAAGAGUUCCUGUGCUGGAACACACCGUUUAGGGAUCCUGGUGAUCCAACUUCGGGACGGGGUAAUACCAUGGCCGAGUCGGCGAAGCUCUUCUGUCAACUUAUCUUGCGAGGCGUCCGAGUCAUCGCUUUCUGUCGCAUCAGGAAACAGUGCGAGGUUCUGCAAGCGGCGAUCAAGACCGAGCUACAAGAGUUAGAGCGACCAGAGGUCAUGGCGAGAGUCAUGUCGUAUCGAGGCGGGUACACACCGCAAGAUCGACGGCAGAUAGAGCGCGAGAUGUUCGACGGAAAGCUCGUAGGGAUUGUCGCGACAAGUGCCUUAGAGCUCGGUGUCGAUAUCGGCUCGCUCGAUGCCGUAGUUACAGUCGGCUUCCCGUACACUAUUGCGAAUCUCCGCCAGCAGAGUGGUCGCGCUGGUCGAAGAAACAAAGACUCUCUGUCUGUGCUCGUUGGCGACUGUUUCCCGACGGAUCAAUUCUACAUGUCGAACCCUGACGAGAUCUUCACGAAGCCUAAUUGCGAGCUACAAGUGGACCUAGAAAACAUACUUGUUCUUGAAGGUCACAUUCAGUGUGCCGCUUAUGAGAUGCCAAUAAAUGCUGAAGCCGACGAAGCCUAUUUUGGUUCUCUUCUCCUGAAGAUCGCACAAGAACGUAUGCGUAAGGGGCCCGACGGCUUUUUCCACUGCGACACCCGAUUUCUCCCUCAGCCUUCGCGUCACGUAGCUAUUCGCGACACAGAGGAUACGCACUUUGCCAUUAUCGACACCACGCACGGCAAGAACACUGUGCUCGAAGAGCUUGAAGCCUCCCGCGCAUUUUUCACCAUUUACGAAGGCGGCAUCUUUCUGCAUCAGGGGAACACGUAUCUCAUCAAGGAAUUUAGCCAGGAGCGUAUGAUCGCAAAGGUAGAAUAUGUAAAGGUGGACUGGACUACCCAGCAACGCGACUUCACAGACAUCGACCCCGUUGAAACACACGCCAUCCGCCGCAUCCCAAACUCUCGUUCUAGAGCGUUCUAUGGCCCUAUCAAGAUCAAGCAAGUGGUUUUCGGAUUCUUCAAGGUUGACAAGAAAAGACGUAUCCUGGAUGCUGUGGAAGUUGACAAUCCACCCAUCAUACUGUACAGCAAAGGCAUGUGGCUCGAUGUGCCCAAGACAGCGCUAGACAUACUCAACGAGAGAAGGCUGAAUGUAGCAGCUGCGAUCCAUGCCGCCGAACACGCGGUCCUCUCGCUAAUGCCCAAUUUUGUGGUUAGCAUGCCAGGCGAUGUGCGCACGGAAUGCAAAGUUGCCAUCAAGGAGUUUGCAAAGCGCGAGACGCAGCGGAAACGACCGGCGCGACUCACCUUCUACGAUGCAAAGGGCGGUGCUUCAGGCUCUGGCAUUUCGACUAAGGCCUUUGAAUUCAUAGAUACGCUGUUGGAACAGGCCCGCAAAAGAGUGGAAGCAUGCCAUUGUUUGGAAGGAUGUUUGGAGUGUUGCUGCGAUGAGGCGUGCAAGCAAGCGAACCAGGUGAUGAGCAAGGCGGGCGCGUUGGUUGUCAUCAUGUGUCUCUUAGGAAGAGAAAAGGAUAUCGAUAUUGACGCAUUACCUUACGGAGAUGAAGAGGUUUCGCCUGCAGGAAUCGAGACCAUUGUUCCUGCCGAGGAGGUGCGCAUGGUGCGCGGCAGGUUUGUGGAUGGUAUUUUCAUCAAGAACGAGCCCCAGGAUGAGGAGGACCAGUUCUCAAAGAGCAUUAGUAUCUUUGGAGGUGAAAGGAGGUUCAUUGGGGUGCACCGGUAGCCUUCAGCUGCGCACGCGGCGCACACCCAGACCAUGCGACUUUGCUAUGGGUACGCCACGUUUGAUCAAAAGCCAUUGACACCAUUUUCCGAGUCUGUUCGACUGUAACCCUACCUUCACGAGUUCUAAUUCCCGUCAAGGACGGAUUGUUUGGGGAUCCCGCGGUGGCCACCAAUUUCACGGAUCCUCAACAGGGCUUUUACGAGUGCAACUCUGAAAUCACAACGGGGUCCAGCUGAUUGCAGCAACGAUACCGCAUACAGGAAAGACUUCAGGCGAGGUGACUGCCAGUACGCCUCCUUGCUAAAAUUAGGCAUGCAGGAAAUCAGCCAACCGAAGGCUACCCCGGUCCACCACAACGAACGUGGAGUGACCGUAAGCUGGGG